AUGCUCUCCAUCCACCCUCAGGAACUUCCGCAACUUUACAACUUCUCUUACCGCCCACUCUCGUACCCACCAUCAUCCCAAAUGCCUUUCAUCACAGGCAACUGCAGCGGCUUAUGCGGCGUCUCGCCGUCGGACCACAGCAAGAUGCACCACGUAUCUCACGACCACCAACGUUCCCACUCUCAACAUCAGCAAUUGCAACAAGAUACCAGCGUUGCACAAGCAUUGGAGAUUGCAAGAGAAAGCCCCGAUGGAGCCAGCAACUCGACGAUUUCUAGCAUACUAGAGAGGGCACUCUCGCAAUUAUGGUCCAAGGUCGAAGCUCAGCCCGACAGCUACGUCCUCACACGCGACGAGUUUGCCGUCUUCAACUACUUCCAGCACCGAUUCAGAGACAACCAGACAGCUAGAGCUGCUCGCUGCCGCUAUUGGGACAACAUGUCUGCAUAG